UCUGCCCCAUGUCUUGGAUCUGGAUUUUGAAGAAAUGGCACUCCAAGCAGAGGGAAAGCACAUGCAUAAAGCCCGAGACAGGGAAUGCUUCUUCAGAGGACAGUGGGAACUCGCGCUUAGCAGUUGGGGGUGUUUGCCCAUUAAGGUUCGAGCAAUGAGUCCGGAGACGGACCCAGCCUGAGCUUCCUGAAUGCCCAUUUCGUAGGUGAAGCAGCUGAAGCUCUGCCAGAGUAGGACCGAGAAUCCAGAGCCUCUGUGCACGCAGUCUCCCAGCCAAAAAGAACGCCAUGGGGAGAUGCGGGGGCCGGGCCAGGGACAGAGCAAGAAGGGGAUGGUGGGGCGGCCCGCGGAGGCCACUGCGAGCCCGGAACCCUCCGUCCGGGAUCCCGGGCGCGGCGGACGAUCGAAACCGAGCCAUGCGCACAGGGCAUGCUGGGAGCCGCGCCGGGGAAGUGCGGGCCGGGAGGGGUUGUGGCCAGGGCGCCGCGCUCGCUGGAGGGGGAACCGCACGCCCGACCUCCGCGGGAAGCUCUUCCCGGAAGUCUAUGCGCUCGCCGCACAAUCCGGCCUGCCAAGCCACUGGGUCGGUGAGGCUCUCCCGGAAAAGCGGGCGGCCGGCAGUGCGGCGACGUCGGCCCAAGGCUCGCCGGGAAAUGUAGUCUCUCGAAGCAGCCCGGGGCGGUGGCCUCACGUCCAGCGGACCCGGUGGCCCAUCGGGCGUGGACCCGGCAUGGCUGGGCCCGGUGGCUCGGGGGCCCCGAUCGGGGCCGGGGCCCUGGCCGGUGGAGCUCGGUCCAAAGUGGCCCCGAGUGUGGACUUUGACCACAGCUGCUCGGACAGUGUCGAGUACCUGACGCUCAACUUCGGGCCCUUUGAGACAGUGCAUCGUUGGCGGCGCCUCCCGCCCUGCGACGAGUUCGUGGGGGCCCGGCGCAGCAAACACACAGUGGUGGCCUAUAAAGAUGCCAUCUAUGUAUUUGGUGGAGACAACGGGAAGACAAUGCUCAAUGACCUUCUUCGCUUCGACGUGAAGGACUGCUCCUGGUGCAGGGCCUUCACCACCGGGACACCCCCUGCCCCCCGCUACCACCACUCGGCCGUGGUCUACGGCAGCAGCAUGUUCGUCUUUGGGGGCUACACUGGGGACAUUUAUUCCAAUUCUAACCUGAAGAAUAAAAAUGACCUCUUUGAAUACAAGUUUGCAACAGGCCAGUGGACGGAGUGGAAGAUUGAAGGACGGCUGCCAGUUGCUAGGUCUGCCCAUGGUGCCACAGUGUACAGUGACAAGCUGUGGAUCUUUGCCGGCUAUGACGGCAACGCCAGGUUGAAUGAUAUGUGGACCAUCGGCCUCCAAGACCGGGAGCUCACGUGCUGGGAGGAGGUGGCCCAGAGCGGCGAGAUCCCACCCUCCUGCUGCAACUUCCCUGCAGCUGUGUGCCGCGACAGGAUGUUUGUCUUCUCGGGGCAGAGUGGGGCCAAGAUAACCAACAACCUCUUCCAGUUUGAGUUCAAGGACAAGACGUGGACCCGCAUCCCCACCGAGCACCUGCUCCGGGGCUCCCCGCCACCGCCGCAGCGGCGCUAUGGGCACACCAUGGUGGCCUUUGACCGCCACCUCUACGUGUUCGGGGGCGCAGCUGACAACACGCUCCCCAAUGAGCUGCACUGCUAUGACGUGGAUUUCCAGACCUGGGAGGUCAUCCAGCCCAGCUCAGACAGUGAGGUCGGUGGGGCUGAGACGCCAGAGCGAGCAUCUGCAUCUGAGGAGGCACCUGCCCUGGGCUCUGAGGAGCGGGGUGCCUGCAAGAAGUCCCGGGAUGUGUUUGGCCUGGACUUUGGCAGCACCACCGCCAGGCAGCCAACCCUGCCAGCCUCAGAGCUGCCCAGCGGAAGGCUCUUCCAUGCAGCUGCUGUGAUCUCGGACGCCAUGUACAUCUUUGGGGGCACCGUGGACAACAACAUCCGCAGUGGGGAGAUGUACCGGUUCCAGUUCUCCUGUUACCCCAAGUGCACGCUGCACGAGGACUACGGGCGGCUGUGGGAGAGCCGCCAGUUCUGCGACGUGGAGUUUGUGCUGGGCGAGAAGGAAGAAUGCGUGCAGGGCCACGUGGCCAUUGUCACAGCGCGUAGCCGCUGGCUCCGCAGGAAAAUUGUGCAGGCACGGGAGUGGCUGACCCAGAAGCUGGAGGAGGAGGCGGCACUGGUGCCCAGGGAGAGCCCCGCUGGGGCUGCCGGUGGGGCCCGGCCACCGCUGCUGCGCGUGGCCAUCCGUGAGGCCGAGGCCCAGCCUUUUGAGGUGCUCAUGCAGUUUCUCUACACCGACAAGAUCAAGUACCCGCGGAAAGGCCAUGUGGAGGAUGUGCUGCUCAUCAUGGACGUGUACAAGCUGGCACUGAGUUUCCAGCUGCGCCGCCUGGAGCAGCUGUGCCGCCAGUACAUCGAGGCCUCCGUGGACCUGCAGAACGUGCUGGUUGUGUGUGAGAGCGCCGCCCGGCUACAGCUGGGGCAGCUCAAGGAGCACUGCCUGAACUUCGUGGUGAAGGAGUCCCACUUCAACCAGGUGAUCAUGAUGAAGGAGUUUGAGCACCUCUCGUCCCCUCUGAUCGUGGAGAUCGUGCGGCGGAAACAGCAGCCGCCUCCCCGUGCCCCCUCAGACCAGCCUGUGGACAUUGGCACAUCUCUGAUCCAGGACAUGAAAGCAUACCUGGAGGGUGCGGGCGCAGAGUUCUGUGACAUCACACUCCUGCUGGACGGGCACCCACGGCCAGCCCACAAGGCCAUCCUGGCUGCCCGUUCCAGCUACUUCGAGGCCAUGUUCCGGUCCUUCAUGCCUGAGGACGGCCAGGUGAACAUCUCCAUCGGGGAGAUGGUACCCAGCAGGCAGGCCUUCGAGUCUAUGCUGCGCUACAUCUACUAUGGUGAAGUCAACAUGCCGCCUGAGGACUCGCUCUACCUGUUUGCAGCACCCUACUACUACGGCUUCUACAACAACCGGCUGCAGGCGUACUGCAAGCAGAACCUGGAAAUGAAUGUAACGGUGCAGAACGUGCUACAGAUCCUAGAGGCAGCGGACAAGACGCAGGCACUUGACAUGAAGCGGCAUUGCCUCCACAUCAUCGUGCACCAGUUCACCAAGGUCUCCAAGCUGCCCUCGCUGCGCACGUUGAGCCAGCAGCUGCUGCUAGACAUCAUCGACUCUCUGGCCUCCCACAUCUCUGACAAGCAGUGUGCAGAGCUGGGCGCUGACAUAUGAGGGCCCCACAGUGCAACCCUGCCCUGCCUCACUGUAGACUGUGCUGGCCACGCUCAGGCCUGUGGCAGAGGGGCCAGGUGCCCAGGGCCUCCAAAGGGAGUUGAGGGGACAUGGAGGGCACCAAGUGCCCCACUUCACGGCUGAGGACAGAGGUCCCACAGGAAGCAGACAGAGAAGCAGCACCUUGGCUGGCACCCUCUCUUGGUGGGGGGGGGGAGGCAGAGGUCCUGGGCUGGGCCCAGUGGGGAAGACAAACCUGCCAGGGAGCUGGCUUUGGGCCCUACUGUCGGCAGGUACUUGUGCAUCCAGCCACUGGGCCCUGUUGCCAAUACCCUUUUAAUGUGGGGGCCAUACUGCACCCCUGACCCUUGGGGUUGCUGUAAGGCCCUUCCUGCCACCCAGAACUUGUGCCUGGGCAGCACUAAUGGCAGGGAGUCUGACUGUAGAUGAAUUAUGGGCCUGAAGGGCCCCAAGGCUAGCCCCCGGCCUGCAAGGUCAGGCACUCUGGACAGGCCGCACAGAUAAGGGCUCUGGGGUCCCACCUGCCUGAGUGUGCAGCAUGGCUCUAGGCAUGCCAGGGUGAAGUCAGAGGAGGUGCCCCCAGGUCCCUGCCUGUCCCUCACUAAGUCUUUAUUGUCACAGGCUCGCUUCCAUUAAAACCACAGCAGUGCUACUGACACAUUACACCUUGCCGCGCAGUCCCCACUGGUGGGCUCUAGGCCUAGGUCCUCCUGGAGCUGCAGCCUGAUGGUCUGGGAUCAGCCUGCCAGCAGCUCCCCACCCUCACUGAGGUGCUCCAGUCUCCUAGGGGUGGGAGGGAUGGGCGGAGCGCAGGCCAGCCUCUGGCCUCUCCCCACCCCCCACCCAAGAGGCCUGGGGCCCACAGCCAGCUCUCCUGGCUCCUCUGCUCCUGAGCUGGGAAACUAAGGAUAGGCAGAGUCCUUCCUUGUCCCAAUGGAAGGUGAAGUCCACUCCAGUGGAGAAGGUACGAUUCUGUCUCCCCUCUGGGAGUAAGAACCCUUCUGUCCUGGCUGCCAGGAAGCCACUUCAGGGAAAAUGGUCAGCGCCUUAGUUUCCUGCCUUUGGCUGUGCCUCAUCUUAUUGGGGCACCUGCCAUACCUCAGGCCUUGAGGAGCCCCAGGUGCCAGAUGCAGGUGGACAUUCUAGGGCAAGGGGAGUUACCUGCAGGCCACCAGCACGCUAGGAGACGCCUCGAGACCUGCCUGUGAUCCUGCUCUGCAUCUGCCUCUCCCGGGCAUGAAGUGAAUAAAUGAAAUUGGACUC